GGGGCCAUAGAACAGGGCUUGAAAUUUCCACUCGCCUGCUUGCAAUGGCGAGUGGAAAUUAUGGUGGGGGGGCGAGUGUGUCCCCCAGGGCCGUCUUGCUGAGCAGGCUCGGAGCUCAGGCCGGAUCUGUCAUUGGCACUGAAAGCCGUCAAGACCGCUCAAUAGCUGAGCGCAGUGAAAGCAAAGGAAGGAGUGUGUGCUGUGCUCUCUGCCUCCCCCUAGAGUGCAGUACCCGGCUCUGUGAGUGAACAACGAAGUACUGCAACUUUUUAUGGGGGGGGGGGGUGUACACGUGUGUUUGUGUGUCUCUGUAUGCAUAUACAGUUGUAGAUGUGUCUGUGUGUAUGUUCCUGUGUAUGUAUGUACAUGUGUAGUUGCGUAUUACUGUGUAUGUACAUGUAUCUGUGUGUAUGCGUGCCUGUGUGUAUACAUGUGUCUGUGCAUACAGGUUUCUGUGUGUGUAUGUGUGUAUGUACAUGUGUGUUUGUGAACAGGUGUCUCUGUUUGU